GUAUGCCAGCCCCGUCCAAGCAGUCGCUUACAUCUCAGAUCCGCCGCCGCGUAGGGAGCACAGAGAGACGCGUCUGCCAAGUCCUGUCCACCCCACUUGGUGACGUGCUGAGCGGUGCACACACAAACACAGACAGGCUACUUACCGACCAGCACACAGCCGCGACCGGUGCACAGUGUGGUUCCCUUUGCUGUAAAAUGCAACAGCAGUCUUUACAGGAUAAAGACAGCAUUCAUACAUAAGCAGCGUCGUAGCGAAACAAGGACAAACGCCGGGGGACAGGAGCAGCGAGCGACCGGGGAGGUGUAGACGGCAAUACUCAAAAGAUCUAAUUUGCCUGUGAUGAGCAUCCCCAUCCACCAGAGACCAAAGGUACGGCCUGCCCCCGUUAUUCCCUCUGAGAGGAAGAGGAAGUGAUGUCACGCCACCACCACCGCUUUGAGAGGGACUACCGGGGACCCUGGGAGCGGAGAGACAUCCGCCCUUCUGGCCUCCACAAUGGAGGAGCCAAUCAUAGCUGUGCCUCUGCCGUCGUCAAUGGCAACAACCGCCCGGGGCUCCUUCCCCUCCCAGUCAUCCCCUCCCUCCUCCCCACCCCGGUUACAGUUGCCGUGACAACAUCGAGUGGCGACAUAUCGGUCAAGCGAGGCAUCACGGCAGCAGGAUCAGUGGCUUCUGCAUCUGCCAAGGUCUCCGGUCUGUCUCCUGGAGACAGCCAGACCCCAGGACUGCUGCUGGCUCCAGGGGUGAGGUGGGGACAGACACCCAUCAACCAGCUCACACCCUGGGAUACAGAUGAGCCCCCUGCCAAGCAACAUCGAGACAGCGAGCCCACCGGUCCUUCCUGGGCUGCACCAGUAGCAGCGGUGAGCCAGCCCAGCCUCCUGCCCCACACCUACGCCCUCCCCCAGCCGCCCUCCUUCAGCCACAGUGUGACUGCGCAGUCACCCAUCAUAGGAGUAACCCCAUCCAUCCAGGCACCAGUACCCCCGCAGCACCCCCUAAUGACGGCCCACUUCCAGCUGACGCCACAGUCGACCCAGCAGCCGCCCUCCAUGGUGCUGAGCAUGCCCAGCCAGCCUCCGUACCAAUCGGCUCAGCCCACGGUCGCGCCGUCCGCCCUCGCUGCCCAAGCCAACCACGUGGUCCAUUCAAAUCCUCACAGUGUGAUGGGCAACGGCCACUUAACCUCUCACCACGGCCUCAUCCAGCACCCUGCCUUGCCACUGACCAAUGGACAGGCGGCUGCAGUGGCGCAGGCCCAUCCCACAGCUGGAGACAAUCAGGAUGGUCCUAACGGGCUGCAAAUGCUGCGGACAGUCGGGAUGGGGAAGUACGAGUUCAGUGACCCAGGACAUCCUAAAGAGAUGUUGAAGGAGCUGAACCAACAGCGCAGAGCGAAAGAGUUUACAGACCUGAAAAUAAUUGUUGAAGGCAAAGAGUUUGAAGUCCACCAAAAUGUUCUAGCUUCCUGCAGCUUGUAUUUCAAGGACCUGGUGAAAAGGUCAUCGGGGGAGACGAGGAGCCGGGAGACGCUGGAGCUGAACAUGAGCAACAUCAGCGCCGACGUGCUGGAGCUGCUGCUCGAGUUCGUCUACACAGGAUCGCUGGUCAUCGACUCUGCCAACGCCAAGACGCUGCUGGAGGCUGCCAACAAGUUCCAGUUCAACACCUUCUGUAAAGUCUGUGUCUCCUUCCUAGAGAAACAGUUGACUGCAGCUAACUGCCUGGGAGUGCUGGCUAUGGCUGAAGCCAUGACUUGCACGGAGCUCCAUAACAUGGCCAAAGCUUUUGCACUGCAGAACUUCCCAGAGGUGGCAGGACAGGAAGAGAUUCUGAGUGUGUCCAAGGAGGAUCUGGUGGCCUACCUGUCCAACGACAGUCUCAACACCAAGGCUGAAGAGCUGGUCUAUGAGACGGUCAUCAGGUGGAUCAAACAAGACCCCAACUCCAGGGUGCAGACUUUGUCAGAUUUGUUGGCGGUGGUGCGCCUUCCAUUCAUCCACCCGUCCUACCUGCUGAACGUGGUGGAUAACGAGGAGCUGAUCAAAUCGUCGGAGGCGUGUCGUGAUCUGGUCAACGAGGCCAAGCGCUAUCACAUGCUGCCCCACGCGCGGCAGGAGAUGCAGACGCCCAGGACUCGGCCGCGGCUCUCUGCGGGUGUAGCGGAGGUGAUAGUUCUGGUGGGAGGGCGUCAGGCGAUCGGGAUGAACCAGCGCUCCCUGACAGCCGUCACCUGUUUUAACCCCCAGAGCAGUAAGUGGUACCCGCUGGCCAGCCUGCCCUUCUACGACCGCGAGUUCUUCAGUGUCAUCUCGGCGGGAGACAACAUCUACCUGUCAGGGGGCACAGAGUCUGGUGUGAUGCUGGCUGAUGUAUGGUGCUACAUGUCCCUGCUUGACAACUGGAAUCUGGUGUCCCGGAUGACCGUGGCCCGCUGCAGACACAACAGCCUGGUAUAUGACGGCAAACUCUACACCAUCGGAGGACUGGGCGUAUCAGGGAACCUGGACCACGUGGAGAGGUACGACACCAUCACCAACCAGUGGGAGACGGUUUCUCCUCUUCCUAAGCCGGUCCAUUCUGCGGCAGCCACGGUGUGCGGGGGGAAGGUCUUCGUGUUCGGAGGUGUGAACGAGGCCGGGCGCUCGGCGGGGGUCCUCCAGUCCUAUGUACCGCAGAGCGACACCUGGAGCUUCAUCGAAUCACCCAUGAUAGAUAACAAAUACGCCCCUGCAGUGAGUCUAAACGGUUUUAUAUUCAUCCUGGGAGGAGCCUACGCUCGAGCCACCACUAUAUAUGACCCAGACAAAGGCAACAUCAAGGCUGGUCCCAACAUGAAUCACUCUCGGCAGUUCUGCAGCGCUGUGAUCCUGGACGGGAAGAUCUACGCCACAGGAGGCAUCGUGAGCAGCGAGGGUCCAGCCCUCGGCAACAUGGAGACCUUCGACCCUUGCAGCAACACUUGGACGCUCCUGCAGUCACUGCCCUGCCCGCUCUUCAGACACGGCUGUGUGGUCAUCAAGAAGUACAUUCAGAGCGGCUGAGGGCGGCUGGGGACCCCAUCACACUGGGUCGACGGCAAACACCAGCUGAGCGCCGGUUGUGGGACGAUGUGCGACGGCAGCUCAGGGUCGGACGGUGAACAACCUCUGGACUUGACGCGAGCAUCCAUCCACUCUGUUUCUUGUCCCAGGACCCAAAAAAAAAGAAGAAAAAAGCCCUGUGCAGAAUGUACUCAUGUUCAACUACUCAGCCAUGUCAUGGUGACGGUGCCUAACCUCCAGUGCUGUAUGUGUCAUGGUAGUAGUUCAUCCUCUCAUCCAACAGGCACAGGGAUCCUCUUAGUAAAUGACAAACUCCUUGGUUUCAGUUCUGUCUUUUCCAGAUCUCUAAACUCACCACCUCCCUAUUUCUUUACUAUACUCGGACUCAGCGCAGUGAAAGCCAUUGCAGGUCCAGCUUCUUAAGAAUUAUGUUUAACAGGUGUCAGUUUUCCAGUCAUGCAUUAGAGAGCAGAGUUUCUUUGUGGUGUAUGAAUGUUUUUCAGUAGUGGCAUCUACAGGACAGGAUGAAAAGUGAAGGAAAGGAAUCCACGGACUGUUUUCGUCUUUAUCAGUGCAUGGAACGAAUUUCUUCUCUCUCUCUGCUGCUGUGUCGGGAAGAGGAAUUCCUACCGUGCGUGUGGAUUUAUGAGGUAAUUUUAAAAACAGAUUUUGAACUCUGUGUAACCCGGUUACAAGUCUAAUGACUUGCUAAACAUAGGAAAACCCAUAAAAUCUGGGUCAGGCAGGGUUUAAAAAGAGAAAAUCUCUUUUUUUUUUCUAUGUUCUUGUGUAAUUCCAGUCUGAUUAAGAUAUCAUCUGGAGGGUGAGUGGCCUGUCUCCCCCCCCCCCCCCUUGAUUCACACUCUCUUGCGCUCUGGGACGAAGACGGCUACAUUUAGAAAGAGAGAGGGAAUUCCUCCUUUCACUGACCUCUGAUCAGAUGUUCAAGUUGGGACAGUUCCUCUGGUAAAAAAAGCACAAUAAUCACAUGUGACCGUUAUAGUUAUCUGUUAAUCCAUGUUUUUGUGUCUUUCAUCGGUUUCCACCCCCACCUUCUUUUUGUUUUAUACAACCUGUUUCAUUGCAACCCACAAAGGAUUUUGGGUUGGUAUUCUGUACAUACAGGAAGGAAAUAUGUAUAUUUUAAAACCUGAAGGCAAUUCUGUAUAAAUGUUUUUAGAAAAAAAAAAAUUAUAGGUUCGGAUUCAAAAUGGUAUGUCUGUAAAUCUGUACCCAAAAAGGAGAAAUUACCAAUUGUUAUUAUUGAAACCUAAUACAUAUACCUGAACAUGAA